AUGUCCCCAGCCGUGUGUGGGCCUGUGAAGGGGGAACGGAGUGGAAGGGAGAGACAACAAGAGGGAGGGAAGGAGAGUAUGUGCAGGAAAGGCUGCAUGAGGCACAUACUUUUAGCUGGAUAGAGGAUUUUUAGGGUGUGAGGAUUUUUAGGGUGUGUGUAUUGAGUGUGCGUGUUUGCUUGAGAGACAGUGCCAUCUGCCAGCAGGACAGUCGGGGUUCAGCAGAUGUGUUCUCUGACACUGGGGGCAGGAUGAAGAGAGGGUUCUGACACCGUCUACCUCUGUGGGAGGGAGGAGACAGACGGCUGGGUGACUGGACAGCUGCAUGGCACAUGACACCCACAUACGCACAUACACACCAUUCCACAAAUGCGACACACACACACAGACACACGCACGCACAGAUGCACAUGUCAAUACAUACUAAUACAGUAUACAUACUCACAUGCUCACAUAGACAAACAUUGAACCUGUUGACACAGAUACAGACCUCUUGUCCCAGAGCUCUGGCUUUUACCAUUGGACCCUGAGGGGAAAUGCCCUUUUGGGGACACAGGAGGGGGUGAAGGUCUGGUCAGGGCUGUCCUCAUUUGGGUGGUGACUGGGUUGAGCUGUGUUGGCCAGUGACAGACAGACAGAUUGACUGACAGACUUUGACUGACUGACAGACAGACAGACUUCAGGGCCAGCAGAUGACAGGAGAGGCAGCUGUAGAGUACUCCAGACAGAGUUCAUGUGUCUGGUCAUUGAGCAGAGUAGAGCAGAGCAGCACAGACAGACAGAGUGAAGGAGAACUUUCAGAUCUCAGUGAAAGGUCACCGUGAGCCCCGGCUGGCAGACCGGCCCGGCCAGUCAUCUGCAAUUGGCCGCAGGGACCAGCGGGAACCCUGACUGCACAUCUACGACCUUUAGAGAAGACACUUCCUGUCUACAGCGCCAGAAACAGUCUGUUAGUGUCUUGACUGAGGAGCGGGUGUGUGGCAGGGAUAUUCUACUCUAGUCUUCACAGGCUUUAGUGUCUACCAGUUCUCUAGCUUUCCUGGAGCUAAGGUUAUCAAAUGAAAUCAAAGUGUCCGAGAAUCUUAUUCCCUCUUGGUUUAUGGGUGUUUCUGCUGGUGGCAAGCACAUACAAGCCUGAAAACUAGCAGACACUGUGGUCCUCGAUGACAUGAGUGUGACACUCCCUAGGAGCAGAGUUGUGACAACCCCUAGGAGCAGAGGUGUGACAACCCCUAGGAGCAGAGUGUAAAGCCUGUCUCUUAAUUUAGGAUAACACCACCUCUGUUACCAUGGACAAACCACUGGACCAUCCACUGUCCUAAUCAAGAGACGUGUUAAAUCUUAUUAAGACUAUUUUCUUUCGGAGUGCGACACGCACUGCUCAUCCCAAGCCGACUUCCACCAACCAACCGCUCCUAUUUUUAAUUGGCGCUCAUUAAAGAAAAAUGCUGUUGUUGCUCCAUUUUCAAAAAAAGUAUCUCGAAAUGGUAAUUAAUGGGGCAUCUGUAAGAAAGCUGGCAAUUAGCGAGACCUGACAGAUGAGCAGGCCGUGGUGCCGGAUGCUUUGAUGACUCUGAAGUUCGGGAGAGCUGCAUAUUUGUUUUGCUUUAAGGGCUGCGGAGAGGAGGGGCACUGUUUGAUUUAGGGCUAGAAACAGGGUUAGCAGUAAAUGGGCUCCUUGCUUUCAAUCAGCAGUGGCCAGGAAGAGAUCAUUAUGCAGUUGUCAAGGUUCCUAAAUUAUUUACUGUACAUUGCUUCUUUUUUCCAUCCACUCCAGUGUAAGUUUAGUCACGUGAUGCUUAACUCUCCCUAGCACUCCUGUUCAUAUUAUAGUCAUAUUAUAGACAGUAUUAUCAAAAGAGAUUACCAAUCCAGAGAUGAUGGAAAAUGAACUAACCCUGUUGUCCUUUUUGUGACAGGCGAGCCCGCGGUGAUGAGGGGGAACAACUGUCUGAACGCAGCCAAGGCCUGCAACCUGAACGACACGUGUAAGAAGUACCGCUCGGCCUACAUCAGCCCCUGCACCAGCCGUGUCUCCACUGCAGAGGUCUGCAACAAGCGUAAGUGCCACAAGGCCCUGCGACAGUUCUUCGACAAGGUGCCGCCCAAGCACAGCUACGGCAUGCUGUUCUGUUCCUGUCCAGCCGGCGACCAGUCAGCCUGCUCUGAGCGCCGGCGCCAAACCAUUGUACCAGUCUGCUCCUAUGAGGACAAGGAGAAGCCCAACUGUCUCUCCCUGCAGACCUCCUGCAAGACCAACUACAUCUGCAGGUACACCAGGAUAAACAGUUGUCACAGUACACAAGAUUGUACACAGGCAUCAAACAUAUAACAUAUCUAACAAUCACACAGUCUCACGUGUCAGACUCACACCACAUUUAAAACACAUACCAACCAUUGUCAGUGUAUGGAUAAAACUACAUUCCAGUCAACAACAGUUUAUUUUCUCAAACCCUUCCCAAUAGCAUCCUCUGUAAUGUGAAGAGGUGCUAGAGACAGAUUCCACGUCCUAGCCCGACACCAACGUGGAGGGCUGUCUAAAUAAACAGCAUGGAGGGUGCUAUCAUGCCUUCAGAGGUGUUGAGAAACAUACCUGGCCCUCAUAAAAGCUGUGAAAAACACCAUAAACAAACCUAUUAAGAUAACUGGAGACUAUCUUGGGAGAUCGCAUCAGAAAUAAACCAUCACCAUUCACUAAUGCAUAUAAGCAAACACUAAAGCUACCUACAAUAACUGAGAGUAUUCAAGUUCAGCAGUGAAACACUCUGCUUUUCUCAUCUUUUCUGCGUUAAGUGUUUCAUUUAUCUGUCAUGUAGCAGUAUUCUGGCUAGAAUUACUGGGAGGCGGAGUGGAUGUGUUUGGGUUAAGUGACAUCUGUUUCAUUGAAAGUAAUAGAGGCCAUAUUGAAAUGCAGCGGUACGGACUGGACUCAAUGAGUGACGUCUGCCAUCACCUCUAGAGCUACAGCUCUCUGUCUGGGAUCAAAUGGAGGCAUUAGUGCAAAUAAAUUGGGUCCAUUUGGAUUCCAGCCUCAGGGCUGUGCAUUCUUUCUCUAUCAGGCUCUCGCUCUCUCUCUCUCUCUCACUCUCUCUCUCUCUCUUGCUCUCGCUCUUCCCCACUCUCACUCUGUCUCUCUCUCUCUCUCUCUCUCUCUCUCUCUCUCUCUCUCUCUCUCUCUCUCUCUCUCUCUCUCUCUCUCUCUCUCCUCUCUCUCUCUCUCUCUCUCCUCUCUCUCUCUAUUUCUAUCUCCCUCCUUCUGUCUCCCUCUUUCUUCCAUUUUAUAUCUCUUCAUUUAGCUAAAUGUUCUUGUUCCCACUCUCUUUCCCUUCUCAACAUUAGGUGGUAGUAGGUUUUCCAGCUCUAUCAUGAGAGUGGUAUCCAGAGCUCCUCUCUGUUUGUGGGGAAGGAUUAUAAGACCAGGCGUACCUGCUGGCUGCUCCGUCACCCUAUGAGAGUGGUAUCACAGAGUGGAAUCAACAGCUCUCCCUCUCCUCCCUCUAGCCCAGGAACAGAUUGAUGAGUACUGUGUGUGUGCUUGUGUUUAUAAACCGUACCAAUCAGUACCAGUGCUUUGUCUAUUUGACAGUCACAGUUAGUCUUAUAGGGGAGAUAAGAUAGUUCAGAGGUUUCACUGUUGUCUUUCAGGUCCCGUCUGGCUGAUUUCUUUGCCAACUGUCAGUCUGAGCCACGCUCCCUCUCUGGCUGUCUUAAGGAGAACUACGCUGACUGCCUGCUGUCCUACUCUGGCCUCAUCGGUGAGUCUCUCCCCUGUCUCCAUUAGUCAACCUUUCCUCACACACAUUGAUAGGUCUCACUAUGGUCUUUCAUUUUCUCACUGAAUCCUCAUACUGUCCCCUGAAUGGCUCUCCUUCCUGUUGUUAUAGUCAUCUGUCACAGAGAGUCCCUUCACCCCCCUCCUAUCCUCUCUCUACACUCUUAGAAAAAAGGUUUCCAAAAGGGUUCUUCCACUGUCCCCAUAGGAUAACCCUUUUUGGUUCUAGGGAUAACCCUUUUUGGUUCCAUGUAGAACCCUUUUGGGUUCCAUGUAGAACCCUCUGUGGAAAGGGUCCUACAUGGAACUCAAAAGGGUCCUACAUGGAACUCAAAAGGGUUCUACCUGGAACUCAAAAGGGUUCUACCUGGAACCAAAGGAGUUCUACAUGGAACCAAAGGGGUUCUACCUGGAACCAAAGGGGUUCUACCUGGAACCAAAGGGGUUCUACCUGGAACCAAAAUGUGUUCUUCAAAGUGUUUUUUUUUUCUAAGAGUGUAGCACAGCACAACCCAACAUCACACCACUUCAUCCUGCCCCUCCACAUCAUUUCAUGAAAUUAACUAAUUGUUCCAGAGGAAACUAAGGAAACCAAGACUCAGUUGCAGACAACGCAGUAGAGCGAAAGAAUGAGUGUGUGAAAGACAGGAGGUUGUUGGCACCUUAAUUGGGGCGAACGGACUCGUGGUAAUACUGGAGCGGAAUUAGUGGAAUGGUAACAAACACAUCCAGGUGUUUGAUGCCAUUCCAUUUGCGCCAUUCCGGCCAUUAUUAUGAGCCGUUUUCCCCUCAGCAGCCUCCUUUGGUGUGAAAGAGAUAAAGAGAAGAUGUGUCAUCCUUUAUCUACCCCUUCUCUCUUCUGUGUGCUGAGAGACCCAUCCUGGCUCAAUCCAUCACAUUUUCCUGACUAGCACAGCUGUAGGAGAUAGUCCACACAGCAACCAACAAAACGCCAAUUAAUUUUGCCGCAAAACAAAAAGGGCUUGUUUGGACGGACGCCAGUAGGGGAACAAUGCAUUAACGGAGUAAGAAAUCACUGACUGUAGCUAUUUAGUUUACUACAAAGUGGGAGAAAUCUAAUUCUUCCCACUGCCUUUGGAAAUACUUCAUAUUGUCACUUUUGGAAAUACUUCAUGAUGUUUUAAGUGUUACAUGUUGAUGAGAUAAUUGGAUGAAAAUAGAGCUGGAAGAAAGUUUUUGCUAAUAGUUGCAGUAUGAUAGGGAUUCACCAUUACCUGAUAGUUUGGUGCAGUGGGAGGCAGAACCUCUUUCACCAUACCUCAUGACCAGCCAAAAAUGCCAAUAGGCCAUGGCUCUGCCACAGAGGAUAGCAAACAAAAUGGUAGAAAAACUCUGUUUCUUUAAAGGCCCAGUGCUGUCAAAAUUCAGUUUUUCCUGUGUUUGGUAUAAUAUUGUACAACAGCUGUAAAUGUGUGAAACAAUUUGAUCAGUGUUAUUUCCUGAUAGUUGCUGGUUGAAAUACAAUCUCCAUAGGAUCUUCUAAUCAGCAGGUUUGUUUCGGCUUUACAAAGAGAGUUACAAACCUCACUGCCAAUAACAGCUAGUUUUCAGUUUUCCCCUCCCAACUCAGACUACUCCCAGACAGUCCUAGCAAAAUUCUUGCUUGAGAAUUUUUGUUUUGCUAAAAAGCAAUUUUUGUCCAUUUUAAUGGACAUCUAUCACAGUAAGGGACUUAAUUGUUACCCAGAAAUGAUUUGAUAUUGAUAUAAAAACGGCUGCAUUGGGUAAUUUAUUGUAUUUCCUCCUCCCUCCCAACAGGUACCGUGAUGACGCCCAACUACCUGCGCUCUCCUAAGAUCAGUGUUGUCCCCUACUGUGACUGUAGCAGCAGUGGCAAUGGCAAGGAGGAGUGUGACAAGUUCACAGAGUUCUUCACAGACAACAGCUGCCUCCGUGAGUGACUGACCGCCGAUCUCCUGUCCUCUCCUCUCAUCUUCAUUCUCAUACCAUUUUCCUGUCUCCUCCACUCUUUCUUUGUGGGUCUCUUGCCAAUUAUUCAUCCCUCUCUCAUUGUCCCUUCCUUCAUCCUCCGUCCCAAGUGAUGCUCCAUCUCCCCUGUGAGCAGUAAAGCAGAGACAGAGGAGUAAGGAAGACACAGUGAUAAGGCUGUGUGUGUGAAUGCAUGCACACGUGAAUAAUAUAUGUUCUUGUGUGAGUGAGUAGUUCCAAUAUCCGCAUAGCUCUCCCGGAUCAGCGAUAGCCAGGGCCCAGUUUUUCAAAAAGUGAUUUAUCUGGAUUUCGCCUAUCGGAUAUGAUUAAAUGCAUAGAAAUAUAAUGAAUAGAAUGGUAAUCCCCAUUCAAGUCAAUUAUUCGUCUGCUCUAUUCAUUCUUUUUCUAUGCAUUUAAUCCUAUCCGAUAGGCAAAAUCCAGAUAGAUCACUUUUUUAAAACUGGGCCCUGGGCAUUGCCUUCUAACUCGGUGGCCCUCCUCUCACAUAUCAGACAGCUUUAAUUAACCAACCCACCCCUCCCUUCCCCGCUCUCUCUCUCUCUCUUUCCAUCCACUCCUCCGCUACAGCAAUUCCUCCUUUAAUAAAUACAGCUCCUUCACUAUCACAAGGUGUCAGGCCUCUGGAGAUAGCAGAUCCAUGGCUGUGGUGCCUGUCUUUGUGCAAUCACAGCUCAACUUCCUCUGCUGGGUAUGGCAUUGUCUCUCAGCCCUUUUCUUUGUCAAAGCCAGUAGGAUCCACUAUAGUCACGCUAUCACUGACCCUAUGA